CCAGCCAAGAAACGAUCAAACACUUGUAUUUUAAUAAAGAAUUUACCAGCAGACACAGAUAAAGACGAACUCAAAGCGUUAUUCGAAAAGCACGGACAGAUCGCAAUUUUAAUGCCGAAACAUGGAAUCACUGUGCUAGUAGAUUACAUUGAGCCAUUCGAAGCCAAGAAAGCUUUUACAAAAUUAGCCUAUUCACAGUUCAAAAGUUCUCCUUUAUAUUUAGAAUGGGCGCCGGAGAAUGUAUUCGUUAAAUCAACAAAUAAAACAGAAAAUAGUAAUAAGGAAACGGAGGAAGAAAAUAAAAUGAAUAAAGACGAAAAUCCAAUGCCAGAAAAUAAGAAUAAAAUGAAUAAAGAUUCAAAACCUGAAUACGUUAAGAACGAGAAAGUUGAUGAACAUGUUAUAAUUGAAGAAGUCCAUGAUCUCAUGGAGCCGGAAAACGAUACGACAUUGUUUGUCAAAAAUCUUUUCUUCCAGACUACUGAGGACGCGUUAAGACAGCAUUUUUCAAGUUGCGGCAAAUUGUAUAGUGUAACCAUCGCAAAAAAGAAAGAUCCGAAGAGACCCGGCCAAUUUCUUUCAAUGGGAUACGGUUUCGUUCAAUAUUAUAGAAAAGAACACGCCAAUGAAGCGCUGAAGUCAUUACAAAACUCCACAUUGGAUGGAAAGACUUUAGAAUUGAAGAGAUCGGAACGUGGCAACAACGCCGACGUGACAACAGCCAGAAAAACUAAUAAGGUGACUCAAAACGGAACUAAAAUACUCGUACGUAACGUCCCAUUCCAGGCUAACAGACAAGAGUUGCACGAAAUAUUCAGAGCAUUUGGGGAAAUUAAAACUUUGAGGUUGCCAAAAAAAUUGACACCAGGCGCGGAUCAACAUCGAGGCUUUGCCUUCGUGGAUUAUCAUACUAAAGCAGACGCUAAAAGUGCAUUCGAAGCACUAUGUCAGUCGACACAUCUUUAUGGGAGAAGGCUAGAUUUAGAAUGGGCAGAUCAAGGCAAUGAAAAUGAAGAUAUUGAUCUACUUAGGAAACGAACAGCUCAGUCAUUUAAUGCAAAGGCUACAGGAGGGAAGAAAUCUAGAAAAGGUGCAAUUGAUGCAGAAAAGUUUGUUGAUGGAGAUCAGGAUGAUGUUUAAAAUAAAAUGUGUAUAAUAUAAA